CUAUUCAAUAUGGCCGCCGGCGUCAUGUUUUAUUUGUUGUUUUGAAAGAAAUCACUUUUCACACUUUYAUAGACGGAAAGGAAACCAUUUGACGCCAAAAACAUGCCUAGGAAGAAACGUGGACCAAAGCCAAAAGGUGAGGUGGAAAAAAGUAAAGAUAAAGACAAUGAAAGUGGAGAAAAUGAGCAGGAGAAAGCUAAAGCAAGCAAUCCUGUAACAAAUGACAAGCCAGACAAAGAAGAACCAGUGAAAAUACCCUUUCCAAUUAAAAGACCUCGAGGCAGGCCAAGUAAAAAGUGGCAAGAACAGCUUGCGUUGGCUAUUGCAGAAGGAAGGGCAGUACCGUUUGAAAAGAAACCUAAGAAAAAGAAAGAUGCAGUAAAAGAAAAGAAAGAAAAAGGUGCCAAGAAGGACAAAAAAGAAAACAAAGCACCUAAAACACCUAAAAAAGAUAAAAAAGAAAAAGAAGAAAUACCAGAAACCAAGCCUCAAACGCCGAGUCCCCAAGCAGCCAAAACAACAGAAAAAGAACCAGCAUCAAGUCAAGAACCAGUUGAAACAGUCCAACCUACACCAAAAAAGAAACCAAGUAUCAGCUAUUUAGAAAUUCUUCAAGCAGUUUUGGACAAACUUUAUGAAUAUCGAUGGCCGCAAGAUGACACUGGAGAAUAUUAUUUAUUGGAACAGCAACUUAGUGAUUUCCUUGGGGUCUCAAUACAAGCCAAACACCAAGAUCUAGAAUUUCAUACUCUAGAAGAAGAAGAAAAAAAUUUUCUGAAGGAAAAGAAGAUUAUUAGUGAUGGCCAACAAAAUAUAGAUUUGUUGGCUGUCAAAACUGAUGAUGCUACUCUUCUUGUCAAUGAACAUUAUCCUAAUAAGUACCAGGAUUUUCUUCAGUUGGCUCACAAAAGAGAAAAAUAUAAUCUUCUCAAAAAGAUUGAAGAUGAAAAGACCGUCAAAGAAAGCAAGAAGAUUCCUAAUCCUCUUAAAAGAGCACUCAAAGAUGCCGUAGAGUUUAAUGCUCAGUUAGCACUACAGAGGAGAGAAGAGAGAUGCUCAUAUUUUGAUAUGCAGACACAGAUUAUCCAUUAUCCUGUGAACAAGACAUCCAAACUGCCCAAUCACAUGACCGUUCCAAGCAAGUACCCUGUGGCCUUACUACCAGGACAGUUCCAGGAAUUUUACAAAAGUUAUUCUCCAUCCAUGCUGAGAAGUUUUCCACUUGGUACAGUGAUUGACAGCUCCAGACACAAUCAAAUGUUUGAUUCAAGAAGCUCAUUGACUGGAGGUUCUUCAGACAGUUCAGGGGGAUCAUCAUCCUCAUCAUCAUCUGGAGAUGAUGACAGUGAUGAUGAUGACAGCAGUGAUAGCAAGGCUAGUGAUGAUGAAGAAAUGAAUGAAGAAGAAGAGGAAGAAGUCAGUGAACCACCAGCAAAGAGAAGAGCACUUGGUUACAAGCCACCACACAGACCAGAUGCACUCUGUGGUAUAUGUCUAAAGGGAAGUGAAUCCAACAAGAAAGGCUUCAUGGAAGAGCUUAUUCACUGCUCACAGUGUGAGAACAGUGGUCACCCAUCUUGCCUUGACAUGAGUCCACAGUUGGUGAAGGUCAUCAUUACCUACCCAUGGCAAUGCAUGGAGUGUAAGACAUGUACCCAAUGCCGCGAUCCUUUUGAUGAGGAUAAGAUGUUAUUCUGUGAUGAGUGUGAUAGAGGAUAUCACAGCUUCUGUGUUGGUCUAAAGCAGAUUCCCGUUGGACGAUGGACAUGUGAGCUGUGUGGAGUGUGUGCUUCUUGUCUUCGUCGCACUCCAGGUGAAGGCCCUAAUUCCAGGUGGAAAAGUGAGUAUACCAAACCAAGAGAUAAAUCCGAGCCUCAGUUUCUACAGACACUAUGUUCACCUUGCUCCAGGUUGUUCAGGAGUGGUAACUUCUGUCCAGUAUGUCUAAAAGUUUAUCGUAAUGAUGAGUCAGACCUUCCCAUGGUUUGCUGUGAUGAGUGUGAUCGAUGGGUACAUACCGAUUGUGAUGACAUAGAUGAUAAAAGUUAUGCAGAACUAUCAAAGGAAAAGACAAAGUAUAGAUGCAUUUUAUGCCGAGGGGAAAAAGAAGAACGCAUGGAUUCAUUUGCCAGGAAAAACCGUGACCAUGAAGUUAGUCAGGAUGAUUAAACCAGCUAGAAGAAGACAAAAAAUUCAUCUUCAUCUUCUUUCUUGAGGGGCAUCGUUUGGACACCUUUAACCAAUGAAUUAACCUAACUUGUAGUUUAGGGAAAUCUCCUUUUUCGUUUAUUGAGGUUGAUUUUCCACAAGUGCAACUUAGGCUUAACAAUAGGCUUUGUAACAGAAAUUUCACUGACAGAAAAAAUUAUAAAACUUUUAUCCUUUCCACCAUAAAUCAUUCAAUUUGCUGAAAUUAAGGAAGUUUGAACUAUUUGAACCAGCAACAAUUUAAAAAACUGCUUUUAUUAUUGUUUUAUUUUUAAGACUGUUGUAGGUUUUCAAAACAAACAAAAUGUAUUAUAAUACAGACAUACGCUAUUUUUAAUUCAGCUGCUUAUCACUCUUUGUA